GACAUCAAGAAUCAAGAAAAUAGGACUAAAGUUGGUAAGUUCCUGCUAGUUUGGGGUGUCUUAGAUCACAUUUAAAGAGCAGGACUAAAUUGGGUCGUGCACAAUAGUCUGGGACUAUUUGUGGCAUUUUCUCCAUGGUUAAUAGUCAGAAACUGCCCCAGACUUGAAUCCUUCACUCUCACCCGUCAAUAGGUUAGAGGUCGUAAACACGAUGAUGAGUUCGAUGAAAUUCCAGCUAUAUCCAGCCUCGCUUAGUUUGACUUCCGGCCGAGCGCUCGCCGGAGGCUGCCAACUGCUAUCACCACGACUACAUAAGCAACGGCGGUUCGCGUCUCUGUCGGUUCAAUCUGAAAAUGCUUCCUGGUCGGAGCAAUUCGACCAGUCUCCCCUCACAUCCACCGUUGUAUCUUCUCCUGCCAUUCAGCCCCUCCAGUUGGUCCUCACCCCUCGCCACAUUCAACUCCUCUCUUUCUUCACCUGCACAGCAGCAAUUUCUGCAACUUGGCUCUUUUUCUCUGCAAUUCCAACUCUUCUGGCUCUAAAUAAGGCAGCUACAUCGCUAGAGAAGCUAAUGGAUGCCAUGAGAGAGGAGCUUCCAGAAACGAUGGCUGCAGUGCGGUUAUCUGGAAUGGAGAUCAGUGACCUGACAAUGGAGCUCAGUGACCUCGGUCAGGAAUUGACACAAGGUGUGAGAGGGUCAACUCGAGCUGUACGUUUGGCAGGGAAGAGGCUGCAGCAGUUGACUAAUAUUGCACCAUCAGCUACCACGCAGGGGGUGACGAGAAUGCAACCAAAGACAGCAGGACCAGCAUUGGCUAGAAAUUUGACGGGCGACAUAAGGGAGGGGCUAGUUAAAGGCCGAGCAUUUUUUGAAAUGCUUUUUACACUUUCCUGGUUCUUUGGGUUGGCCUUCAAGUUUUUCAAACGUCGGGCUAAGAUGGGAAAUGAUGGAACCAAUAUUUAAUCUAUUCUUUAUACAUGCAUAUUGUAUUUGUUAUCAAAUGAGGCUGCUGUACUUCAGGUUCUAACUUGGUUACUGGGACUUGAUUUGGGGUUGCUAGAUUUGUGAAUUGCAUAUAGGUUGAAAGUUAAACAAAAAGUUCUUCCAGGCUUCGAUUUCUGUCAAAUCCCUUUCCAAUUAUUUCCCGUGUCAAGGGUGGACACAGUCUGGUCUGGUUCCAGACCGGCUGGUCCCGGGAGAGGUGGACCCCAAGACCAGCACCAGUAAUUCCGGUUCUGCAAUGGUUCAAGUCAACCGGCUGGUCCUGAUCUGUAUUAUUUUCUUUAUGUAUAUAUUUUUUUUGCAAAUAUUUUCUUUAUGUAUAUUACAAAUGUAAAUGUUAGAACCUGCAAAAAUUACUCUAACAGAUCACAGAUAUUGAUUCAAGAACUCAAGGCAACUUUAUUCACUUAGGCAACAAUGAGCCGAAGCCCCCCAAAA